AUGCUCAUCGAUCUAGUUAGAUGGUCAAUUAAGAAAACACCUCCUUCACAUUCCCCAUCUGCCAUCGCCAUCAUGCCAAACAAAAAGCACAAAAAGCCUUUCCAGGUGUACGAGGAUCAUGACGCCACUAAACCGGAAUACUGUACUGGCGAUUUUCUCUGUUCCCUCUGUUUCAAAGACAGUACAACUCUAGGACCUUGCACUGCAUGCUGUAAAGGAUGUCCAAACUGCGGCACCCUACUCAGUGAAUCUUUGAAACAAGAACAGGGCGCAUUAACUGAAGAUGCUGUUCUGCAUCUUACCAAGUCCGAAUCAACAACAAAUUUGCUACUGCAGAUCCCAUCUAUCGGUGAAAGUCUGACUACUAAAGCUAGUAGUCAAUCUAUUGGCACCAGAGAUGCAACUAAAUCAUCAAUUUCGCCAUCUGAUAUCUGUGAAAGCGGGAUCCCUUCAGAUAAUGGGAAUCAAACAUACACCCCUACGACUCCUAUUCGAUCCCAAUACGUUUCUAAAAACAACAGCCCAGCUUUGCAUGGCUAUCAUAGUGAAUUCCACUCGCCCAUCAGGCAACAACAACGCAGUCCAUAUGUUUCCCCACGCGUCAUGCCAAAUCAUCAGCCUUCUCGCAACAGCAAGAGUCUGUCUUUGACUGGCAGUCAAGAUUCGCUAAUACAAAUUUCACCAGCGGGAACACACAUCGGCCAACAAGGCAGCCUGAAAACAUCUCAAUACGGUAUUCGAACACAUGCUGAUAAGUUAAGAGCUGCAUUAGCAUGCCCUGUUGAUGAACUUCCCCAAACAAAGUAUAAGCCGUCGAGAAAGACUCCCUUGAGGAAGAAGAUAGGCUUGCUUUUGAGAAGAUUUCAGUACAAGUUUGAGAAGCCCUUGGUCACAAGCAACCAUCAGUUGAUUAAGAGCAGUGAUGAUGAUUUGAAGUAG